UGAACACCUCCACGAGCCUUCCUACGGAAUCAUCUAUCAGUUUCCUAAAAGGGGAAAAACUAAAGCUGUUUGUUGCUGAUCUGAAAGUAUUUUUGUGUCCCUUUGGCACUAACAGAGAUGAUUCUGGCUAAAUUACAAGGCAUUGGGAAGCAGCUCCUGAGGGUGAAGGUUGUGGACUGCAGCACAGACGAAACCCGGCUAGCCCGAUGCCUCAAGACCGUUGACCUGGUGGCCCUGGGUGUUGGAAGCACAUUGGGUGCCGGUGUUUAUGUGCUCGCUGGUGCCGUAGCUCGUGAUGACGCUGGACCUUCCAUUGUCGUCUCAUUUCUCAUCGCUGCACUAACUUCUGUGCUUGCCGGUCUGUGCUAUGCCGAGUUUGGAGCCCGUGUCCCGAGAACCGGGUCAGCUUACCUCUACACUUAUGUGACGGUGGGAGAACUGGGGGGGUUUACCUCGGGCUGGGACCUCAUUCUCUCCUAUAUCAUUGGAACUUCAAGUGUGGCGAGGGCUUGGAGCGCUACCUUCGAUGAGCUCACCGGAAGGCACAUUGAGCAAUUUUGUAGACAAAACAUGAAAAUGGAUAUACCAUGGCUGGCAGAGUAUCCAGACAUAUUUGCUGUCUUGAUCAUACUCUCUCUGACAGCGUUGCUUGCUUUUGGAGUCAAAGAAUCGGCCAUGGUGAAUAAAAUAUUCACUUGCCUCAAUGUGCUUGUCCUGCUGUUUGUGAUCAUCUCUGGACUGGUUAAAGGAGACUUAAAAAAUUGGAAACUGAACCCUGAAAAGAUCCUCAAUGCCACUGGAAACGCCACCCAUAACACCUCAUUUCCCCAACCUACAAAAGGAGCUCUUGGUACAGGUGGCUUCAUGCCGUUCGGGUGGACAGGAGUCCUCUCUGGUGCUGCUACCUGUUUUUAUGCCUUUGUGGGGUUUGACUGCAUAGCCACUACAGGAGAGGAAGUGACGAACCCCCAGAGGGCCAUUCCCAUCGGCAUUGUGGCCUCUCUCCUCAUCUGUUUUGUGGCUUACUUCGGCGUAUCGGCGGCUCUCACUGUUAUGAUGCCGUACUACUUGCUGGACAAGAACAGCCCUCUUCCAGUGGCCUUUCAGUAUGUGGGCUGGGAGGGAGCCACUUAUGCAGUAGCCAUUGGCUCUUUAUGUGCUCUGUCGACCAGCUUGCUGGGCUCCAUGUUCCCAAUGCCAAGAGUGAUCUGGGCCAUGGCAGAGGAUGGCCUGCUCUUUAAACCUUUGGCUAAAAUCAACAAGCGAACCAAAACCCCCCUAACUGCUACAAUAACCUCCGGCAUAGUUGCAGCUGUGAUGGCUUUCCUGUUUGAGCUAAAGGACCUGGUGGACCUCAUGUCUAUUGGCACUUUGAUGGCCUAUACUCUGGUUGCUGCCUGUGUGUUGGUACUGAGGUACCAGCCUGAGCAGCCGAGUACGGCCUAUGAGAUAUCCAACACCCAGGAUGAGCCUGAGUCGUACAGCGAAGGGAACUCCGAAGAUACGGUCAGCAUCAAGAAUCUCCUGUCCCCGUCCAACUCUGAACCCUCUCCUUUGUCUGGUCGAACCGUCAACAUCUGCACCAGCAUACUUGUUGUUCUGAUGUGUGUUUUCAGUGUAGUUGCUGCUCAACAAACUCUGGCCCCUUGGGCUGUGGUUCUGAUGUGUGUUACCAUGGCGGCUUGUGUACUUCUCACCUUUAUUAUAUACAGGCAGCCUCAGAGCAAAGCCAAGCUGGCCUUUAAGGUUCCCUUGUUGCCCUUCAUUCCCAUCCUCAGCAUGUUUGUCAAUAUCUACUUGAUGAUGCAGCUCAAUAAAGGAACCUGGGUGCGCUUUACCAUUUGGAUGUUGAUAGGUAUCUUCAUCUACUUCCUCUAUGGCUUUCGGAACAGUGCAGAGGCGACCAGGUCUGAUGCCUGCUCAAUAAAAGGAGAGCCAAUGACCAGAGAGAAGGAGUCCUCGAACACACCAAACUGCAUUCGAGAUGGAGAGACUGAUGAGGAAACGAGUGCUUACACACUUUGAGAUUUUCUGAAAUAUUUGGACAGAUAUGCUACAAGUUCGCUAUCUCCAAACUGACAACAUGCCAAAACAACAAACACAUUUUCAGUGAUAUAUUUAUUUUGCAGAAUUAGCUGUGGCUCAUAGACUCUGAGCCUAAUGUUUUAAUAUCUGUUGCUUACUGUGAAUUACAGAGAUUAUUGACAGAGCUAACAAUCACCCACUCAGUUUUCUGCCAGAACACUUAAUGCAUAUAUUAGGUGUUAGGUGGAUUGAAAAAAAAUUUAUUUACGUUACUGAAAACAUAGUUGUUUUAUGCAUUAAUUUUACAUCUCAAGGAAAUGCAUUAUCCUGCCUUAAUGAGCUGCUCAAAUUUGAACAAUACGUUGACGUAUUGCUCUAAUCACAAAUUAGAAUAAUGCGUCAACGUGUUGCAAAUUAGCCCAUCAAAAACAAGUUUGUUGGGUUUAAAGACGAGUAUUGUUUUUAUGAGGGGAAAUUGCAAGUUUCAUCUGAAACCUGCAAAGCUGCUAAUAUGGAGUUUUUAUCAGAUACUUGAGGGAUUGUUUUAAGUGUCUUUUUCCCAAAGAGAUGUCACAACUUUAAAGGUGAGAACAUUUGAUACUUGUUAUGAGAUGACAAUGCAAUUUAUUGUCUGUACAGUAUGCUCUGGUGUAUGAAAAUCCAGUUUUAAGUAAUACGGAAAAUUUUAUUUUUGGACAAUUUUUACAUUUUUUGUGCAUGUUCAUUUAAACAGUAAGAACAGUUUUAGUGUGGUCAGGAUUUGUUUGAGUGGUCAAAACUUGCUUAAUUUGCUCUUCUCAAACUCACUGUAGCAACUGCAACAAGUGUCUCUUUAAAAAAAUUUCAUCCCAGGUACAGGUAAAAGCCAAUUGUCCAGCAAUCAAUGCUGAACUUAUGCUUCAAAGUUUAGUACCUUUAAAGUUUCUGAUUAUGUUUCAUAAUUAAUACGUGCUUAGCAUUAUCACUGUGACUGUGUUGCAUUUAACUCACUCACUAGUGAUAUUCCAGAUAUUUUUUCACAAGAGCAGACAAUAUUUUGACCUUUCUGGUAUUUUGCAGGUCAGUCUUGCAUGUCCAAAAAUAUGUCUUAGAGCCACAAAGUAAAUUUACAUAUUUCUCCUGUUAACUGUGCUUUCAUGUGGAACAUGCUAGGCUAAUGCUAGCAUGUUGAUUCAAUUUUGAUGCGACUCGUUGAUAAUUUGGGAAAAUAUCUGAUUGAUUUUAGAAGAAACAUGCAUUCAAAGGAUUACUCUCCUGUUUUAUAAACUUAGUGCACUGAUCUGAUCACCAUAAAAUGUCAUGAUCCAUGUUUUAUCUGCACUCUUGUCUCCAUCAACAGCUGUCUGUUGUACAGCAUGUAGAACCGGUAAUAUGAUAGACGGACUCAAAGCUGAAAGAGUCUCUUGUCUCUUGUGGUGACCUUCAUUGCAAAUUAUUUUAAACUCUUUUAUUGUUUGUGAAUAUUCAGAUUGUUAGAUCAACAAAAUAAUCUGGAACAAUUUUGCAACUUCAUCUCCUCUGGUUUUAUAAAGCUCAGUUUCCUGGGAGGUUGGCUAACAUAAAAUCACCGUCUGUACACAAUUAAUGGAUAUAAAGAGUGAAGCUUACCGACAGAUGCCUACACCAGUCAUGUAAAUGUCUUGCUCUGGACCCUCUUCAAAUGCUUGGGAUUGUACUAGGACAUGCCUAAUUAGGAUGCACCCCAAGCAGGACUAUGCUAUGUAUGAUACAGUUUACUGAUGAAAGCUACUGUGACUGUGUGAAGAUCCACCAGGCAGCUCAAACAUGAAUGUUACAUAUCAAAAUGGCAACUAGGUGAAAUGUGUGCGUUAGAAAAUUUCCAUUUUCAAGUGGAUUUUCUAACUCAGUUUUCUUGGUUGGAUACCAUGGAUUUACCAAUAAACUUGAAUAUGAAUUGCUUUAGGAUUGAGUUCUACUUCCGUUUACUUGUCUGCUGGACUUGAAUUCAAUUCUGGUAAAUUUAUAUUAGUAGAGCAGGAUACUGCUCUACUAAUUUACAUAUUGUGUUGAUCUUUUUCACAGUGUCAGUGCGCGCUGUCUUUCAUGUAAGAUCACCAACAAUAUACAUAAAAUGUAACUAUGCUCAGAUUUAGUUAAUUGUGUGAUUGUGCUUAAUAGAGUUGUUUUACCAUGUGGUAAAUACCAAUAACAAUAUAAAGGAAUAUGCCAAAUUUACUCAAGUUUGGUUGGCUCGUAAAGGUUUUUUUCACCUUCUAAAUGAAGGAUUUUCCAUACAACCUUUAGAGUACAGUGUUCAAAUGCUAUGUGACAAAUUAACAGUUUGCCAGGUGCUCGUUUAUAUUCAUUAACCUAAACGUUUUGCGGCAUUCUGGUGAAUAUCUACAAUAUAUUCUGAAAGUAUUUGAGAUGCUGUUUUCUGUGUCCACCAUCUGUUUAUGAAUUUAUUUGGUUCUGUAAAUAAAUCAUGAUGAAUGUUAAAACCUAAAUUUUCCCUCAUUAUUAUUUUUUUUACAUGGUAUCGGAUCUUCUAAUUGCCAAAAUUGGAAAAAAAUACACUUGAAAUUAUGUUUAACAAUUGUGAUGUGACAGUUAAAUCUCUUGAAAUGUUUCUUAUGCUGCGCUGCACAUGUCACCUCUCUGUACUUUAUGUUUUAAGGAGUCUGCUUUCCAAUUUUUUGUAAAGAAUCUUAAUCAUUAGGUCUACAGGCUUUCUGAAGAACUUUAAUAAAAGAUUUUCACUCA